AUGCUGAAGACAGAUGACAAGCCAUUAGAAGCAGAAUACAGUUAUUUCUUUGUCGGUAAUGAAAGCACAGAAUACAUCUUAACAAUAAGUGGGUUCACUGGGAUAUAUGAUUGUAUGGCAGACAAGACUGACAAAAGUGCAAACGCAAAUGGUAUGAAAUUUAGCACAAUUGAUGUUGACAACGAUCCAUUGGGCGGAAGCUGUGCUGCAAUCUGUCACUCAGGCUGGUGGUUCCAUUCUUGUACUCGUGGGAAUCUUAAUGGAUUGUUUGGAAUCGAGAAAACAUUUUCUGUGAUGCGUUGGACGUGUGCAGACGGUCGGAUAUGUCCCCUCAAAGCCACAAGAAUUCUGCUCAGAAUAUAG